GUUGAUAAGAAAGUUUCCAAUUUUAAUUUUAGUUCGUUUUUACCCUCUUUACUGCUAACGAGAACAACAGCUAUAAUAUAUGAAUAAAAAAUAUAGAACAUGAAUGAUAAUUUAUGUGAAUGACGUUCAUCAGAAGGUUUGAGUUUGAUUUUGAUGGCUAUUUCAGUUCCGUUCAAAUGCAGAGUGAGUUCCACUUUGAAUGACGAUGUUCAAAACUUCGGCAAGAACUACAUGUUUGACGAGAAUGAAGAAACAUGUUGGAAUUCAGCAGAGGGCUCUCCUCAAUGGAUAGAAAUACUGUUUAAGGAAAAUCAACAGGUAUCAGAAUUUCAAUUCCAAUUUCAAGGAGGGUUCGUUGGUCAAGACGUCGAAUUUAGGUUUUUUAAGGAAAUACCGAGUAAAAGUACAAGUCCUGAUAUCAUAUUGAACGAAUUUUAUCCAGAAGAUGUGAAUAGUGUCCAAACGUACAAUUUAAAUGCGCCCGCUGAUGCGCGAUCAAUUCGUAUUCUUUUCAAUUCUAGUACAGAUACAUACGGUCGUGUGAUAAUUUAUAAACUCUCUAUUUCAACGAAAUGAAGUAUACUUUUAAAAAAAGAAAUUGAGAAGUUUUUAA